ACGGCUAAACGAGGGUUCAACUGUCUCUUAUUUUUAAUCAGUGAAAUUGACCUUCCAGUGAAGAGGCUGGAAUUGUAUAAUAAGACGAGAAGACCCUAUGGAGCUUUAAUUUAACAGUUUAAUUAAUUAAUAUAACUAACCUAAAUGGAAUAACAGAUAAUAAUAUAAACUUAAAAUUUCGGUUGGGGUGACCUCGGAGAAAAAAUAAUCCUCCGAAUGAUUAUAACUUAGACUAACAAGUCAACGUACAUAUUGAAUCUUAUUGACCCAAUUUUUGAUCAACGGACCAAGUUACCCUAGGGAUAACAGCGCAAUCCUACUUAAGAGUUCAUAUCGACAGUUAGGGUUUACGACCUCGAUGUUGGAUCAGGACAUCCCAAUGGUGCAGAAGCUAUUAAUGGUUCGUUUGUUCAACGAUUAAAGUCCUACGUGAUCUGAGUUCAGACCGGAGUAAUCCAGGUCGGUUUCUAUCUAUUCACAAUUUCUCCCAGUACGAAAGGACAAGAGAAAUAGAGCCACCUUAUCAAUAAGCGCUCUCUACCUAACAUAUGAAAAAAAUCUAAAUAUAGAAAGGCUGUUUAUCUAUUUACCUAGACAAGGUCA